AGUUUGAAAUCAGCCAUUAGCCGCGCCCCACAUUUACUCCAUUCUCAAAAUGGCGGAAACCCUAAUCCCCAGUUGUACUCAAAGGAUCCCAAUUCUCUCAAAAUCAAGCCCAAUUCCCGCCAAAAAACGCACUUUCCCCCGCAAAUCGACUCAUUACAGCGGAAUCGGCGACUUGCGUAGCUCAAUUUCAUCGGUUCGAAUCCAAAGAAGGAAUCUUGGAGCUAGAGCAUCAGUGACUGAGGAGGAGAAGAAUGAGGGAUCUAUGGGUGUAGAUGUUUUGCGUCGGUUUAUAGAUGUCAAUUUGGGCAAAUGGAACGGCUCUUUCUAUCAAUUUGAUGUUAAUGGGAAUUUGCUGCAAACUGUGAGCACGAAGCUGUCGGCCAGCUCGUAUGGGGAGGACGAACUCAUGAGUCUCGAUCAGACGCUGUACAUAAAGCAAGCUCCUUCAAGAACCUCAAUAGAGGGCCAUGAAUCAGAACCUGAAUGGGAAGAAUACAAAAUUAAGGAGACUAACAUGUUUACAGUUGACAAAUAUCAACAGAUUGGGUUCUUUCCUAGAGAGAAGGCUUUUUCUCUAAGAUACCAGACUGCUGGAAUGUUGGAAACUGUACUUAGAGCUGGUGUACUAGGAGAAGAUGACACGGGGGAAGAAUCUCCCAAACAUCUGAAGAUCCCUUCUAGGCGUCCUUCUCUUGUCUGCGAGAAUUGCCUUUAUUCAUUUCAGAAGGACAUGAGGGCGAGAGCCUUUCAUAUAUUAGACCCAAGGGGUGCCCUUGACAUGCUUCUUAUUUUUCUCGAAGAAAGAGGAAAUGAAGCACCCGAUAUCUCUACUUCAUGCAGCUUGGAGGAUAUCUCAACUAGGGUAACUCCAUUGCUGGGCCAAUGGAAAGGCCAUUCUGUAACGAAACGAAGUGGUGUAUAUGGGGCAACAAUUGCAAACGCUGAUACCGUUGCAUUACUUGAAAUUGAUGACAAGGGUCAGUUGAUUCAGGACAUAACUUCAACUUCUGGUGGUACAACAACAAAUGUUCACUGGACAGGCACAGUAUCGGGCAAUCUCAUCAAUUUUGACGGAGGAUUCCAGUUUACCCUAUUGCCUGGAGGAAUGUACAUGGGAUGCCCUGCCGAUGUUGCCAAGAGUGUGGCUCAGUCUCAAUCCUUCCAUCUUGAGUUCUGUUGGAUGGAAUCACUGCAGAAGAGGCAGAGACUAAUACGAACUUAUGAUAGUGAGGGCCUUGCAGUAUCAUCAACAUACAUAUCCGAGACCAAAGUAUGAAGCACUCUAACAGGAUCAUAUGUUGAAAAAAGAGUGAAAUUUCUAUUGAAAGUUUAAUUUUUCUUCUUUUUUUUAUU